AUGAAGAAAGCUACUACCACUAAGCCACGUUUGAAGCUCCCGGAUUAUUGCGAUGUUGCGCCAAAACGAGAUGCAGAUGGGAGCGCGAUAUGGCCGGCGCCCCAAGAGGCUAUCAAUCAGGCCCGGGCACUCAUAAAAGAAUGUGCAGCAAGCGACAAGAAGACGUUGAUCGUGCCAGACAAGGACGCUGAUGGCCUCUCCUCAGGCGUCACACUCUAUCGCACGUUAACAGCGCUUGGUCUUGACGAAUCAAUGAUUCAUGUACACUUGGUGCAGAAGGGUUCCAACAUUCAUGUCCAGUCCGAACGAGAGGCUAUGGCCGCAAAAGAUCCAGCAUACAUCUUCGUCCUGGAUCAAGGCUCUGUUGCAGCACCCCCAGUAGUUGAUUCACCAAGCACAAAAGCCAUUAUCAUCGACCACCACUUGAGUGAUCAAUUCCCGGAGAGAGCUCAGGUGGUUUCCGCUUGCCAUUACCCGCCGGUUUCGACAACAUCUUUACUUACAUACGAGAUCUGCAAGACCCUUUCUCAAGACAUUGAAUCAUCCUGCGCCUAUCUCGCUUGCAUCGGCACUCAUGGCGAUCUUGGAAACACUCUAAAAUGGGCGCCUCCUUUCCCUGACAUGAGAGAGACCUUCAAGAUCCAUACCAAGAAGUCCAUCAACGACGCCGUAUCUCUCGUUAAUGCUCCUCGCCGCACAGCGAAGUACGACGUCAUAACUGCUUGGAGUGCUCUCCUCAACUCCUCUGACCCGAAGACUCUUCUGGACAACGGUCGGCUACAAAGUGCUCGUGCAGAAAUCAACGCCGAAGUCGAGCUUAACACUCAUACGCCACCGAAGUUCAGUGCCGAUGGUCGGAUCGCAGUUCUUCGGAUCAACACACCGGCACAAGUUCAUCCUAUUAUUGCCACUCGCUGGGCUGGAUAUCUCAAUUCGAAAGCUUUGGAGAUAGUUGUCUGCGCCAAUUCUGGCUAUCUGCCCGGCAUGGUGAAUUUUUCAUGUCGCAUUGCGCGCUGUGCAAGGACGAAAGAGCCGCCUGUCAAUAUCAUCGAAAGCCUCAAAGCCGCAGCAGCUCUGUCGACUGAUGGACUUAGAGAUCGGCUUGGAGAGAGCUUUGCCAGGGGUCAUAAGGAAGCGAGCGGCGGUGUCGUUCCUGUCGAGGCAUUUGAAGAGCUGAUGCUGCUACUGAAAAUUGGAGAGAAGCCAGAGAAGAAGGACGAUACCGACGAACCAAGGUCGAAAAGGCCGAAGACGGUAGAAAAGAGCCCGCAGAAGAACACGAUUGGGAACUAUUUCCAGAAAACUUGA